AUGCAGAGCUCUCGCCCACCUGUCCUCCCUCGAGACUUUUCCGCCCAGCAACCGCAGACCAUCCGUCUCUACCCCCUCUCCAACUACACAUUCGGUACCAAGGAAACGCAACCCGAGGAGGACCCGUCCGUGCUUGCGCGUCUAAAGCGUCUCGAGGAACACUACGAGCAGUAUGGCAUGAGACGCACCUGCGAGGGCGUUCUCGUCUGUCACGAACACAACCACCCGCACGUGUUGAUGCUGCAGAUUGCCAACGCGUUCUUUAAACUACCAGGCGAUUACCUGCAAUAUGACGACGACGAAGUAGACGGAUUCAAGAAGCGACUGAACGAACGCCUUGCGCCCGUCGGAUCGCAAUUCUCGGGCGAGGGCGUCAACGAGGACUGGGAGAUCGGCGACACGCUGGCGCAAUGGUGGCGACCGAACUUCGAGACCUUCAUGUACCCGUUCCUGCCGGGGCACGUUACCCGGCCCAAGGAGUGCAAGAAGUUGUAUUUCAUUCAGCUGCCUAAGAAGAAGGUCCUCUCCGUCCCUAAGAACAUGAAACUUCUCGCCGUGCCGCUCUUCGAACUGUACGACAACACCGCCCGAUACGGUCCCCAGCUCUCCGCCAUCCCGCACCUCCUGUCCCGGUACAACUUCGAAUUCGUGGACGAGAACGACAACGUGGUCGCGGCCACUCCGGGCACGCCGUUCCCCCAGAACCCCAGCACGAAGGUCCUUGCCGGAGAUGACGGCGACGGACAGGACGAGGGCAUGGCAGAUUACAACGCGGAGGGGACCGAGAACGGCGGAACGAACGCGCAGUGA